AAAAAAAACAGUGUUCUUGUUCCUCAUCCCUACUCGUUGCUGCUUCUAUUUUCCCCUUUCCCAACAAAAGUUCAGAACCGAACCAGAACUCCGGUUGUUGACCGCGCCGCCCGAGCUUGCUGCUGUAUCACCAUCGUCGUCGCCGCCGCCGCCGCCGCCGCCGGGUCCCCUUGUCCUGCUCACCGCUGCUCACGCCCCUCAGCUGGUCAGAAACAAUUCAAAUGGAAACCAAUGGGUUAUCUCUCAAGACUCAGGAAAUCGGGUCAAAAAGGAAGUGGGAGACUACCACAGACCUCAGCCGCCGCUUUUGCAGUAAUCAACAUGAAAAUCCAUGGAAUGAUGGUUCGCUCACUACCUCGCUAGGGAGCCAUAAAGAUUUCCGCUUUUGCAACCAACGUGAAAGUCCAUGGGAAGGCGGUAGAACAGAGCAUCAGGACAAAAUGAAUGGGAUAAUCACUUGUUUGGUUUGUGGCAAGGAAGGACAUUACAGUUGUGACUACCCUUUCAAGGAUCAGGAGCACAAAGUCAUUUGCACACUCUGUAGCAAAAAUGGCCACUGGAGCAUAUCGUGUUGCCAGCAGAACAAGUCGGAGAAUCGCGCUUGCACCCUCUGUGGAGAGAUAGGGCAUAGUACUAGUACACAUGGUCUCCUCAGUUGCUCAAGCUGUGACGAAUAUCAUCCGCAUGGAGAGUGUCGAUUGAGCAAAGUUAAAUGCUUUAUUUGUGAAAGUCAGGAUCAUUAUCCUGCUCAGUGCCCCUUGAAUUGGGUAUUGAAUGCAGCGUUUCAGGAUCAAAGAGAGAACUUCCAAGCUGCUCUGUGGCUUGCACUAUCAAAACAAGUCAACACAUUAUCUAAACGGACCUGCCAUCAAGUCAGUCCAAUAGCCAGGGCAUACAACUUAAGGCCAAGGAUAUGCUUUACAUGCCGUGAAGAAGGUCAUGUUGCCUUUUACUGUCCUCAGAAAAGAAGAUCAAUAUUGCCCGACCUAUCCAAAGAAUUUGAAGAGAGCAGCACCAUAGCUAAAUCCUCCAACCUGUCCAAAGAAUUAGAAGAACGGGACCCUGGUACUGCUAGUGCUAAACAAUCAUCAAAAAUGAAACCGGCAUCGGUUCUUCGAUGUGUUAGCUGUGGUCAGGAAGGGCACAGGGCAAGGAGCUGUCCAACACGAGUGUUUAUAUGCUCCUUAUGCAAUGAAGAAGGCCACCGGGCCAGGAGCUGUCCAACACGAGUGUUUAUAUGCUCCUUAUGCAAUGAAGAAGGCCACAAAGCCAAGAAAUGCCCUCAGAAGCUCCAGAAGCGUUAGUACCAAAAGCUAUCGGUUAAGCAAACAGUGAUACACACUAUACAUGUCGUUACAUUUUUCUUACGGGUUAUCUAACCUAGCCGUUGCUUAACCAAGAAGUGGAUACACAGGUAAAAGAUGACCUUAGCACAAUGGGUAUAUGUUGUCAAAAUCAAUGUGGACGCCUCCUUCGAUGAAGAUCGUUUUACUGGCACUACUAGGGUAGUGAUCCGAGAUAACAAAGGAAGGUUCAUGGCAGCAAAAAAAUUCAAAGUAGACUCGGUGCUUGAUGGUUUGUCGACGGAAGCAUUAUAGCAAUUACAAGAAGGAUUGCUGUUUUGCUGAACCCCUGGGCUGCACCAGGAUCACCGUCAGAUAGCAUGAAUGUCAUUACGACGAUGCAAGAUGAGGUCCAUUCAGCAGGGGUUGCAGCGGCAAUCUUCAGAGAUUGUUACUUCGUCUCAAGAGAAUUUGCCAAGGUGGAAUUUGUCCAUGAAAACAGAGAACCAAAUACUGUAGCUCACAAAUUGUCGUUCUUGCCAGAA